UGACGACUGCAUCACUGCGAACAAAUCGAGAGGGAGCGGGGUGCGAUGCUCAACGGACAAUACGCACGAUCGGUCAUUUACAGGCCGAGAUUAAGCGAGCAUUUAGCGGCGCAGCCCUGGAGAAGAGCGGGCAACUAAACGGGGAGAAGCACCAGUAAUAGACUGUCGGCGUCGGCGCGACGUGUGAACCGCUUCCUCGCGAGGUGCAAGUGCCGACUAUGCCCGGAACGUGACAUUCGCCGCGCGCGAAAUUAUGCUCUGAAAAUUUAAAUAUUAAUACGUCGAAUAAUUGUCCGUCGAGGCGCCCCCACGAAUUUUCAUUUUCGCUCCUCUCAAAUGAUAAUGGGGACCUUGGGAGUCUCCUGGCCCGCGUUCUUUGCUCCAGUGGAAAUUUAGGCGUCGGAUUCUCCGGUCAACGAAUUUUUGUUUCCAUUCGGGGGAGCCAACCGAAAGCAGUUCCGCGCGAGCUAUGUGCCCGGCAGUUCUCAUCGCGGGCAGUUCCAUCCAGUGAAAAUGUUCGUCAAACUUCAGCGCGGGGUCGUCAACCAAAUCGCAGCGGCGUUCACAGCCGAGCUUGCGGGAUACAACUUCGGGGUAUGGCGGGUGUGGCCGUCGCUGAGCAUCACGGAGCUACGGGCGGGAAGCGCAGGGUUCGCGGUCUCGGACGAUCAGCUGGCCUGGAUCACCUCCCUCUUGUACCUGGGCUUCCUCCUCACGCCUUUCUUCUGCUCCUACUUGGUCGUCAGGCUCGGACGCCGGACCAUCCUCUACCUCACAUCCGCCCUGCACACCGUCUCGUGGCUCCUCGUCGUCCUCGCUCAAAACCCCUACCACCUAUACAUCGCUAACUUCUUCGGAGGCCUCGCUGGCGGGGUUGGAAUGACGAUGGUACCGGUGUACGUCUCCGAGAUCUCAUCCGUGAACAUCCGCGGAGCUCUGAUCGGCUCUUUCUUGGUGUUCAUCAACCUGGGGCAAGUGAUGAUGGUGAACAUGGGGAUCUGGCUCUCCUACCAGGAGGUGAAUCUCUUCGGGCUGGGCGGGGCCAGCGUGGCCUUCGUCCUCCAGUUCGUCGUCCUCACGGAGUCGCCCUUCUACCUGCUGGCCUCCAAGCGGGAGGAAAAGGCCACCGAGGCCUACAAGAGGUUCCACGCCAGCUCCGGCGAGGACAAGAUAGAGACCGAGGUCUCCGCGCUCAAGGCCGCCGUCGAGAAGGACAUGGAGCACAAGUCCAGUUACAUGGAGCUUCUCGCCUGCAAGCGGGCCUUCAUCAUCCUCGUUGUCGAGAGCUUCUUCCAGAACCUGGGCGGCGCGAACAGCAUGCUGGCGUUCGGGGUGAUCUCGCUGCCGAAGACUGAGCUGUUCCUGACGCCGCAUCAGACGAUCCUGAUCUGCGUCAUCAGCGGGACGUUCUUCAACUGCAUCAGCUCGUCCAUCGUCGACUCGGUCGGGCGGAAGCCGCUGCUCGUCAUCUCGGUCGGCAUGUGCUCCGUCUUCACCGGCGGCCUCUGCGUCUACUUCUUCCUCGUCGAGGAGCUCCAGGUGGACUCCCUCGAGUACGAGUACAUCCCCCACCUCCUCUUGAUCGGCUUCAUAGCCAGCUACACGAGCGGCUUCGCUAUCAGCAGGUCGCUGAUCAUCGGCGAGUUCUUCCCGACCAACACUCGGACCCACGCGGGACUAACGUCGACGUUCUGUUUCGCGACGGCCGGCUUCGUCGUGACCCUUUCCUUCCUCCACGUCGUCCGACUUAUUGGACUCUACUUCAUGUUCUUCCUCUUCUUCCUCGUCAACUUCACCAAUUUCUGGUUCUCCUUGUUCUUCUUCGUCGAAACCAAAGGAAAGAACCUGUUCGAGAUUCAAGAGUACCUGAAAAGUCUGUGAUUUCUACGCCCUGAAAUCCAAUGCACACGCUGAGAUAACAAGUUCGGUAGUAAGGACUGAAUUGCGGUUCAUGUUGAACACCGAAAUUUUUUGGCUUCAAUAACCAAAGGUUUCGGCCACAGAACUGAAUCGUGGUAAUUUGAACCGAGGUUCGGUUUCUGUGACCGGAAACUUCGAUUGCCAGAACCAUUAAAGUUCGGCGUUCGAUAAAGCCGAGCUUUUUCCUCCGUGCUACGUUCUUUGAAAAGGAACCAAGCGCAUGACCAUGCCUGUUAAAGUGCCGUUUAGAAAAUACGUCCAGGAGCUUGGUUUCUUUCUGAUGGACACUUUUCAUGACGAUCCUCCAAAAUUGACGUGACGCUUUGGAAAGUGAACUCAGCAGAGCGGUACGGAGUAUAAUGCGUAUUUCUUUUUAAGAGGUGCCUUGAUGUCUCAGGCCAUUUAUACCUCAGAUAAACAUUGACGAAAAUGAGAUUAUUCGAAGACUACGCAACAUGAGGAAGUUUGUGAAUGAAUCGGCGAAUUAUUAAACGCAAUUCCACAUAACUUGCGGCAUUUAAACCGAGAUGUAAAAAAAGAGGUGCGGGAUGAGUCCCAACUUGGACACUUCCAAUUUUCUUAAGCAGUUGUUGUGUGCGGAAACUCAAAUGUUUCCGUACUUCUCCAACAUUAGUCGCGUACUACCAAAAUUAAUUGAAAACGCCCUUAUCAUCCAACAAAUUGGGGAAGCACCACAUUUUCAGCGGACAACUCCUAACAAUUUUUUUUUAUAGAGAACAUGUCAUUUUCCAAGUCCAAUUUACAUUUUUCUACCGCACUCGUCAAGUUUUGUUUCACCCAAAGUGAAAGUCUCGACUUAAGUGACUGAUGAAUGCACCGAUUAUGGAAACUAUGAAAGAAGGGAACGAGCGAUCAGGGACGGGAGAUCAGAGAUGGGAAAUUUUCAAGGAAGCGUCCAGCGUGCAGUUAUGGAACGUUAAGGAGAGGAGAGAGUGCGUAGGUGACCACUAUACUGCUUCUAUAAUUUACAGGAUAAGCAGCCAAAAUCAAGUGAAUUUUAAUCAUUUGAAGAUAAAGUUUACUCAGCAACAUUAAUGAUUGGAGAAUCGUAUUUGCCUCAAAAGUUAAAUCCAGUAAGACUGUCUGUCACUUUAAUAACACAUUAUUGUUAACUUAUUGAGAUACAUCAAAGUACCCUCUAAACAUAGUUUUUCACAAAA